AAGUUUCCAUUUCAUCAAGUGUGUGGCUCCACAAUCAAUUCUGCAAAGUCAAAAACUAAAUUGCAUGUUUCUGUUCAGAAUUAACAUUCAUGUUCUUACAUUUCAACUAAAAAGACAAAAUCUUUUAACUCCAGACCAGAAUGCAAACAAUCUGAACCCCCACCCCAAUGUCCUCAAACAAAGAGCUUCAUCCAAAGAGAUUUGAAGAGCUAGGAGACGUACCAGCAGGAAUUGUGGGCGUUUAAGUACUUUUAUUCCUUAACUCUAAGCUCACACUCCCACAUUUGUGACUUAAAUGGCCCUUCCAUUUGCCUCGAUGCUCCCACCAUGUGACUAUUGUCACUCCCUUCAUCUCUGUUCCCAUUACUCCCCAUCCACUUCCUCACAUCCUCUAUAUAAAACCAUCACUCUUCCACUUCACCCAUCUCCUCCUCCUCCUUCUUCUCUUCAUCCUCUCCAUUCUUCUGGAAACCCCAAAACCAGUGUCAAGAUCUAAACUUCCAACCUUCUGAAGCAAAAAUGCCAUCAUUCUCUCCUCCCUUAACUCUUCUAGUCCUCAUCCUUUCCCUCUACUUCUGUAUCUCUAUGUCACAGAGAACAGAGAGAUUUGGUUCUGCUAGAAGGAUCUUGGCCUCCAUUGCAGAAGGAGAAGAAGAAAACCAGCAGCCUCUCCCCAAGCCCAAGAAAAAACCCGUUUUUGACUCCAAAUCUCCCAAAGCCGAUGUUUUUGGCUCUAAAAAGAGCUCAAAUCCCAGUGACGACGAAGACCAUUUAGUCCCCAAACCCAAGAAGAAACUCAUUUCCAACACCAACACCGAAAAAGCUGAUACCUUUGACACUAGUCAGAGCUCAACUUCCAGUAAAGAACAAGAACCCAAACCCAAGAAGAAACUCACAUCCAGCUCCAACUCCCCAAAAGCUGACACCUUUGGUACAAAAAAGAGUUUAGCUUCUGGUAAAGAAGAAGACGAAGAAGAAGAACAACUACUACUCCCAAAACGCAAAAAGAAACUCAUCUCCAGCUCAAACACCCAAAACACAGAGACAUCCUCCACUGACCAAGAAGAAGCCGAAACACAAGCACUCCCCAAACCCAAGAAAAAACUCACCUUUGAAUCAAAAAACCAAACCAAACCCCUCAUCAAACCCAAAAAAACCAACUCCACCAUCAUCAACAACUCCAUCAAAAAACUCAACAAAACCCAAAAUUCCACUCCCAAACCCUCCAAUUCCACCAAAACCCAACCCAAAUCCACCCCAAAUCCCACCAAAAAACCACAAUCGAAACAACCAAAGCUCGACCAAAGCCUCUCCUGGCUCGAAGACGAAACUGACGGCCAGGAUUUCAUGACAGAGUUCCGAGACCUCCCAUCACGCCUGAUUCCCGAUCUCGAGAAAAUCUCCACCACAUCCCAGGCCUAUUUACGGAAAUACAACAAAGAAAUUGAACACAAUAUCAGGCCCUUUGUGGGACCAAAAUAUGCUCCCACAAUAGCCUCCAUCUCAUCUUUCCUCUUUCUCAUUCUACCCCUGCUUCUCGCCACCGUCCUUUUCCGUCACCUCAAAGGUUACCUCUCUAUCCAAAGGGUUCUCAUCUUCAUCCAAGCUUAUCUCGCCAUCUACUUCGCCACCCUCUCGCUCACCGCUACGGUUACCGGACUUGAACCGCUGAGAUUCUUCUACGCGUCAGCACCAGAGACUUACGCGUGGACACAAGCUGUGCAGACACUUGGCUAUGUGCUGUACUUGAUCGUGCAGCUGAUCAAUCUUGUGGUGGUGUUCUCGUCACCGGCGAAUGAAUUCACCGCCGGUGCAAGGGCGUUGGGCCUAGCUCAAAUGCUUGUGGGCCUCGCUGUCGGGCUUCAUUACUACGUGUCGGUGUUCCACCGGGCGGUGACGGGAGAACCCCCACGCGCCAAUUGGAAAGUGCACGGGAUCUAUGCUCUGUGUUUCCUCGUGAUCUGUGCUUUCGCACGUGCUGAGCGGCGCAAGAAGGCCUAUCUACAAGAUGGGGGAGAUAAUGGGAAGAAAAGCUAAAUAUUUCGGUAAUUUUAUUAAAUAUUUGGUAUAUGGUAAAAAAAAAAAAUAUAGGGGGCAUUGUGGGAAAAUCUCAUUAUGUCCUUUUGAGUUGUUAUUUAAUUGUUGUUUUUACUUUCUGUCAAUUGAGCAAUAAGUGAAGUGUAGAGUGGUGUAGUGAAAAGAUUGGUUAGAGUGGGUACUUUUGGAAUGAAGUUGGAGGUGCAGAAUGGGAAUAAAUGGACACUUAAACAAAGUAGUGACAAAUGGAAUUGGAAUAUUU